UUUACGAUCAGCAGUCACUCUUCUUCCCCAAAAUCCUUUUAAUCAUAGGCCGAUCGAUCGCUCGAAAAAGCAAAAGUUCUGAACUGCAAAAAUGGCAUCAACAUUGGCGGCUCGUCAAGCUGCAAAUCUACUCCGUCUUUCCACUCCUCGAUCGGCUUCUCAAGCCGCUUCCCUUAUCCAGCGCCGUGGCCUCGCUGGUGCCGCCGACCAUCAUGGACCUGCAAAGGUUGACUUCUGGAAAGACCCGAUGAGUCCAUCCAGGUGGAAGGAAGAACAUUUUGUUAUUGUGUCUCUAUCGGGUUGGGGAUUGCUAAUCUAUGGUGGAUACAAAAUGUUCUCAGGAGGCAAGAAAGAUGAGAAACUGGUGCAAGCAAUCAACUAAGAGCUCCAAAUUUGUACUUUAUGCUUUGUGCUAAUAAUUUGUUUGCAUUGUUGCAACUUUUUCUGAAAUUCAAAUUUCUUCUCGACAUCUUACAUUUGCAUAAAUAUUGAAUGCAUAUCACUUAUUUGAAUAACAAA